AUGGACGAAAGCUAUGAUAUUGCUCUCCAGCGAUUUUUUAGAUCAACUGAAGAGGUUCAGAAGAUCCACACCAGUUCAAGUGCCUCAGGACCCAGUAACGAUGCCCCCGCAAUCGAUCCAAUUGCCGAACGUCGUUUAUUGAAGAAGCUAGAUUGGCGCUUAUUGCCUCUUUUUACCCUUCUAUACUGUACCUCUAUUGUUGACAGGACUUCCAUCGGAAACGCGAAGAUCGUCGGGAUCGAGAGAGACCUUCAGCUUGGACGUUUCGAUUUCAAUAUUUCGCUCACCGUUUUUUACCUCUUCUUUUUCGCAGCAGAAGUACCUUCCAAUCUUGCGCUGAAACAUUUUGGCCCUGCUUGGUUUUCAGCCAUGACGACGGGUUUCGGACUCGCUUCAAUCGGUACCGCCUUCAUCACCUCAUUCGCUGGACUGGUGAUAACGAGGGCGGUUUUGGGAAUUACCGAGGCUUGUACAUUGUCUGGCCUUGUUUACCUCCUUUCGAAAUACUAUCGGCGAUCGGAACUGGUUCUUCGUGUCGCGAUAUUUUUUGGUUUAUCCCCGGGUUUGGGUGGCGCUUUCGGUGGGUUAUUGGCUUCUGGGCUCCUUACCGUCGGGGAUAUAGGCACUGUUAAAUCCUGGCGGAAGAUUUUCUUGAUCGGUGAGUCGUACUAUUUCAAGUCAUUAAUCAUUCCAUAUUAA